UUUCCUACUAUUUGCACUACAAUUGCACAAAAUUAAGCAGAUGCAUAGAGUAAAAGAGUAUCAACUCGCAGACAAUAUAGUCACCUUCAACCAUCAUCACAGUUUUAAAAUUCCUCCAAAAAAUGCUCGACCAACUGAUGUGUCUAUUAUUUUCCAAGAGCAAUUUGCCACGGUUUUUGAGGGAAACAUGCUAAAAUGGGUUCUUCAACUCAAUCGGUAUCCGCUUGAUUCCCCAUGGAAACUCAAAUUGGUGCAAAGGGCAAUUCGUGAUAAAUAUCCACCACCCCAAAAAAUACAAUUCACAUUGAAUGUGAUGGAAAAAGAUGGAAGUGUUGAGAACAGCCUCAAAUAUGUACUCGAUGGACAAAUAAAUGAAGGAAGAGUCGCAAUGGAAUCAAAGACCUUUCGAACUGAUCCACACGGAAAAGAUCUCUCAGAGUUGAUGGUCUCCGCAGAGAAGAAUGAACAAGAACUUGAAUUGGAAACUCAGUGGGUGUACGAUCGAGACGAUUUCGCGGAUUUGAAGUACUUGUUGGAAGAAGGAGCACCAAUUGAAACAGAAACUUCUGAAAGCAACUUCGAUGCAAUUACUGCAAAAUUCCCAAAAAAUCUGAAACUCAUCACAUCUGAUGGAACUCAAUUCGUGAUGACUAACAGUGAGAUGGUCUGUCUGGCUUCUGGGUACUUCCGUGCAUUUUUGACGGAGCACACCACAGAGCUCACCGUUGAAUGCUCCGAUGUGGAGGCUAUUAACAUCUGUCUCGUAUACAUGGUCACCAGACAUUACAAAAAGCCUGCCCAGCUCACACCAAGAUUGGCUUCUGAGAUAUCAUCUUUGGCUGAGCAUUGGUUCACCAAUCCUGAUUCGGAAAAGCUGAGAAGCUCGCUCGAAAAACAUCUUUGUCUGGAGCUGCAGACGAACUAUGAGGACCUUCCAUAUGUCUGCAAUUUGAUGAUCAUCGCUGAGGACGCCAAGUUUCGAAACGUUGAAACGUGCUGCAUUGCCACUAUCGUGUCUUACCAUGCACACGAUUUCAUUCGAACUAUGAUUCAUACGAGACACCCACUCAGCUUGCGUUUGUCUACUCCUGGAGCAAAUCAUCCUGACUCACUGGCCGAACAAGUGACGGAUGCUUAUUAUCAGUCGUUGAAGGCGAAGUCGUGUAUCAACGCCAUUUCGGAUGAUUAGCUCUUUACUUGUUCAAUAAAGCAUUUUAUUAGA